CUCAUAGUUAUUCUUUGUAUUUAAAUUAUGACAACUGCUAAUAAACUUAUACUUUGUUGAAGAGUGUCCAACAAAAUGAUAACGUUUAAAGAAGUGAUACGUACCAUUCUAAUACAAAUAUAUAUCCUUUUAUUCUAUUUUUCGUGUUUUACUGCCUAUUAUUAUACGUUAAAAGGACUUCUCUUUGGUGGUUUACUUGUAAGAACUGUGAUCAUUAUUUACUUAAUAUACGAGCUGGUUAACUAUCACGUCUACCAUAGUACUUUCGAUGGCAACGGUCCUGUACUACUACGUUCGGAUCGCGGUUUAGGCAUUAUGCGUGACUAUUUUCCGGGAAGAAUGCGGAAGACUGCCGAAAUUCCACCAAAUCGUAAUUACUUGUUAGCAUAUUUUCCACAUGGAAUAUUGACUGUAGGUAUAUGCUCGAAUAUGCUGCUCGGAAUAACGCAUUUUAUGCGUUUAUUCCCCGGAAUUCGGCCGAAGGCCGCCACUUUAAGCGUUAAUUUUUGGCCGCCAUUUUUUCGUGAAAUAUGGCGUUGUUUGGGCUAUGUGUCAUCAUCCAAGCCAUCAUUAUUAUACUAUUUAAAUAAAUCGAAUGAUCCUGCACAUCCCGAUAAUGCAGAUGGCUUUACAUCAUAUAUGAUUGCUCUGGCGGYGGGCGGUGAACAAGAAGCUCUACUAACUGAACCGGGAAAGUAUACGAUUGUGUUGAAAAAACGUUUGGGUUUUGUCAAAUUAGCCAUACAAACGGGUUCGCCAAUUGUGCCAUCCUUUGGUUUCGGUGAAAAUGAUUUAUAUACGCCGCUCAAUAAAGCUUGGUUCCGAGGGGUGCAAAAGUUUUUCAAAACAUAUUUCGACUUCACACCUUUGUUGAUGAAAGGUCGAGGUGGAAACUAUUUUCUGCCUUAUAAAAAGAGAGUAACGGUUGUGAUCGGCAGUCCAAUUGAUGUCAAAAGGACUACCAAUCCAGACUCAACAUACAUCGAAGAGAUACACGCAAAAGUUGUGGAAGCUAUUACACAUGGUUGGCGUUUUACGUACGAAAAACUGUUACGGAGAAGAACGAAGAUGGAUCCCAUAAAAUUAAUUCUGCCGUAUAAACUAACGUUGAGCAAUACCAAAAGCUCCGUCAGGAUCGGGAAGGACAUUUCCGAGCGACAAGGUUACUCCCUUUUGUGCGACUACGCCAAUAAAGAAGAAGAAAAUCGACUAAAAACUUAUAAAAAAAAUAGCUUCACAACAGACCUGGAUCUUCACUUACUUUUAUGACAAAAUAAUCAUAGUUAAUAGUUUCAAAACUCGAGAGAAGUAAAAUAGA